GACGGAGCGACCGACCGAACGAGCGAGCGAGCCGAAGCACGGACCGCAUCGCCGCUGCCGCCAACCGAGGCGGAAAAAAACACGCCGCGCCGCGUGCCGUGCAGAGCUUUUUGUGCCGCACGCAGCAGCAGCAGCCGCCGCCGUGGAGGGAGGGAGGAGGCGAAAAAUGCCGCGCCCGUGACCGACCCGGCGCGAUAAUUCCUCCAGCGAUUUAAACGGCGGAACCCCACCAAGUGAACAAGUCGAAAGAGCUCAGCGGCGUUGGCUUUCGCGUGUUGUUUUUGAAAAUUAUUUUAGUGUUUUGUGAAAGCGUGAGGAGGUGGUGGUGGGUGGUGGUGGUGGGUGGUGGACUUCGUUGCUGUGGCGCCCGGGAGCCGCGUCCGAGUGGCCCAGGCGCGGCCCAGCGGUGCCGGGAAGCCGCGGCGGCGUCAUCAUCAUCUCUUCUUCAUCAGCUCGUCAAUUUGCACUUCGUCUUUUAGUCGUCAUCGUCUACUUGGUAGUUGACGGCUGAGUGCUGCUGCUGCUGCUGCUGGAGCCGAGGCUCUGGGCGUCCGAGACGCAACUUUGUCCGCCUUCGUGGGGGGGCCGUGAGGGGCUCCCGGCGUCGUUAUCGGCGUUAUUCAGAGGUUUUUACUUUGGGGUUUUUUUUCUUUGUAAAACAAAAACAUUGUUUUUGGUCUAUAAUUGGCUGUUUUAUAAUUAGUUUUUACUCAGCGAUUUUGGUAUUUUUUCCCCCCUCAUUUAUAUUGGAGAGGAAUUGUGGGGUUUUUUAAUAAUGUUUUGCAACCGUACUUGAGCUGUAAUUAAAUAACGAUAUUAAAACUGAGAGUGAUUUGUAUAUAACAGUAUAGUUUACUCUCUGCCCAAUUAAACCACGUUUUAUUUUUACAAAUUGUACUUUUUUUAUCCUGUGAAAUAAUUGUACCUGUUUUCAGCACAUUUUCUAAAUCUACGUUUCUAGUUUCACGGUUUAUUUAGAAGCCUUCAAUUGUUACCAAUUGCACCAAGUUUGUAAUUUCUCUAAUCCCGAUCACGACCGUGACAUUCUUUUACACAUUUGUUUGCAAACUCUUCCUGGGGGGUGGUGCAUACAAAACAGUAACACCACCACCACAAAACCCACCUUAACAUUGGUGCAAUUGUGUUUUUUCCCCAUCACCUCAUUCGUUUACUUCCACAUCUUCACAUGUUAAAGAACAACAGUAUUGUUAGACAGAUACCACGCCAGUGAGGUGGCUUGAGACACACCCCCACCACCACGACCACCACCACCACCCAAUUCACCACCGGUGGCAGCUCUUUCAAGAGGGCCCAACACAAACACUCAAGAUGUCUGCCAGAACGCCAUUACCCACCGUCAAUGAACGCGACACGGAGAACCACACAUCAGCAGUAGAUGGAGCUCCGGAUACAAACGUGGUCACCAAGCCCAGCCGAAGCAGUGGAGCCCGUUGUAGAAAUUCCAUCACUGUGGCAGAAGUGGAGCACGCGCACAUUGGAACCUACCGGCUCCUCAAAACCAUCGGCAAGGGGAACUUCGCCAAGGUCAAGCUCGCUCGGCACACCCUGACCGGCCGAGAGGUGGCAGUUAAAAUUAUAGACAAGACGCAGCUGAACCCAUCAAGCUUACAAAAGGUAAGAACGAAUCUUUUCAGAGAAGUAAGAAUCAUGAAGAUUUUAAAUCACCCCAAUAUCGUUAAAUUAUUUGAAGUUAUUGAGACGGAAAAAACAUUGUAUCUCGUGAUGGAGUAUGCAAGUGGAGGCGAAGUGUUUGAUUACUUGGUUGCACAUGGACGUAUGAAGGAAAAAGAGGCACGAGCAAAAUUUAGACAGAUUGUAUCUGCUGUGCAAUACUGCCACCAGAAACACAUUGUACACAGAGACCUCAAAGCGGAGAAUCUUCUCCUGGACGCCGACAUGAACAUCAAGAUCGCCGACUUUGGCUUCAGCAACGAGUUCACGCUGGGCAGCAAGCUGGACACGUUCUGCGGGAGCCCCCCCUACGCUGCGCCCGAACUCUUCCAGGGCAAGAAGUACGACGGGCCCGAGGUGGACGUGUGGAGCCUCGGAGUGAUCCUCUACACGCUCGUCAGCGGGUCGCUGCCCUUCGACGGCCAGAAUCUCAAAGAGCUGCGUGAGCGUGUGCUGCGCGGGAAAUACCGCAUCCCCUUCUACAUGUCCACCGACUGUGAGAACCUGCUCAAGCGCUUCCUGGUGCUCAACCCUGCCAAGCGGGGCAGCCUGGAGCAAAUCAUGAAAGACCGGUGGAUGAACGUCGGCCACGAGGACGAUGAGCUCAAGCCUUACGUGGAGCCCACACUAGACAUCAACGACACCAAGAGGAUAGAGACGAUGGUUGAGAUGGGGUACUCGCGCGACGAGAUCCGGGACUCGCUUACGAACAUGAAGUACGACGAGAUUCUGGCCACGUACCUGCUCCUCGGCCGCAAGCCCUCUGAGCUGGAGGGGAGUGACUCGUGUUCCGGAAGUAACCUGUCGCUGGCCAAGCCCCUGCGGCCCAGCAGUGACCUCAACAACAGCUCGGUGCCAUCGCCGUCUCACGGCAAGGUGCAACGCAGCGUCUCUGCCAACCAGAAGCAACAGCGGCGUUACAGUGACCAUGUCGGACCACAGAUCCCACCGUCGGCGUCGUACAACAAGCGGGCGGGGGCCGGUGCCGGGGCGUUGCCCACGAUUGACCCAGAUGGCGAUGCUGCACGGGAAGAUUUGACUAGAAAAUCAGGCAGCAGUGCGAGUAAGGCAGAUGUGCCAGCAAGCCCUGUCGUCGGAUCAGCCGCCAAUCCCAACAAGGCCGAAAUCCCUAACCGCAAAAAGGGAGGCAACACCCAGCCCCCGAACAGCGCGCUGCCGGCCGGCAUGUCACGCCGAAACACAUACGUGUACGGGGAGAAGGCAAGCGGGGAGCGGCAGACCAGUGUGCAGAACGGCAAGGAAAACAGUUUGACAGAAAUGCCACCACUGUUUUUGGCUAGUGCCCGUGCCCCCAGCCCCGGUGCCAACCCACCUCUGUCGGCUGCACCGGGCUAUGCCAGGCACCACAAGUCGAUGUCAGCAUCCGGCUUUCCAGCCAGACUCUCACUGACUUCCGAUAAAUCAACAGAGUCCCUGAGGCCAACCUCGUCAUCCGGCCAGCGUGUGCCCGUAGCCUCCCCGUCGGCGCACAGCAUCGGAGUGUCUGCGCCGGGGCCCACGGGCGCCACGCCGGACCGCACCCGCUUCCCGCGCGGCAGCUCGAGCCGCAGCACCUUCCACGGGGGGCAGCUGCGCGAGCGCAAGAACGCCACGUACAACGGGCCGCCGGGCUCGCCCACGCUUUCGCACGACACGGCGCAGGCGCGUCAGCGGGGUGCUACGGGCAACAUCUUCAGCAAGCUCACCUCCAAGUUCAGUCGCAGGGCAUUGAAUGAGGCAGAAAGAAUCGUCAGAUUUGAAGGGCCGAGCCGCACCACCACAACCACCACGACAAUGGAGGUGCGCGAGGAGCCACGCGACUCAAAGCCGCGCUCGCUUCGCUUCACGUGGAGCAUGAAGACGACGAGCUCCAUGGAGCCGGGCGAGAUGAUGCGCGAGAUCCGCAAGGUGCUGGACAACAACGCGUGCGACUACGAGCAGCGCGAGCCCUACUUGCUGUACUGCGCGCAUGGCGAGACGCGAUCGGGCGCCGAAGAGCCGGUCACCUGGGAGAUGGAGGUGUGCAAGCUGCCGCGCCUCUCGCUCAAUGGUGUGCGCUUCAAGCGCAUUUCAGGCACGUCCAUCGCCUUCAAGAACAUCGCCUCCAAGAUCGCUAACGAGCUCAAGCUCUGACAAGGUGGUGGCGGCGGUGGCGGCGGCAGCAGAGGCGAACGCUCAGCAGGCUAGCCAAGCCCUCUGAGGGUUCUACAAGUUAGAAGACAAAAAACUAAAACUCUGGGGCACAUAGCCUGACCUGGAAACAUGAGUGGUGACACACAAACUCUGGCGAUGUGCUUGCCUGCGCUAUGAUGCAGGGAUGUCGUGCACGGGCUGGCGGAGCUGUGUAGAGAUUUGAAGAUGUGCCAGAGUUGUGAUUAAACGCUUGCUUUUGAGCCAUGUGGUGGAGCAAGAGUGAGCGAGACACGUACACGGGGGGAGGGGAAUGUGCUUUUUCGCCGAUCCGCACCUUUCCGCAACGGGCACACUGGUUGGAAUGCACAGAUUGGUAUACUUCUAUAAGCUUCCCAGUAACAUCCCAUUUAAAAUCUAUUAUUUUAUGUAAAAUAGAGCCGAUGGAUAUGUUAAAGUGUCCUGUAUAAAAAAAGCUAUAAUUUAUGGUUGGUUUCAAAACAAAAGUGAAAACAUUAUUUUGCAAAAGCAUUGAAGGCAUGUAAUAAGGCUGAGAGGCAUUGGGACCUGGGUUUCAGCCACUCGACUGGACCUCGAGCCGAGCACAGUGUUAAGCGUGGCGCCAUCAACGAAACUGGGCCCUGGGAUUCUCACAGCUUUGCUUUUUAGAGGCGUCGUGCGGCCAGUUUUUUUCUUCCUCUUUGCCACUGUGGAUCGCACGCCGUUUGCUGUAUAGUCGCAGUUACCUUUGGCUCGGUGCGGUGAACGCCGGCCGUGAUGUCUCCUGCACGGAUGGACUGAAGGGAUUGGGGGAGGGCUCUACUCCAGGGUUCUCAGCUGGGGGACGACGCUGUCCCAUCGGGAUCGUCAAACUCGCAGCUCUGUUUUGCAACUCACAAGUGGGUUGAGUCUGCAAAGUAAAAUAUGCGUUUAUUACAAGCAUUAUUGAUAAAUAUCUUACGUGCACUAAAACAACAUUAACAAUUGCAGAAGAGAAUACUCACCCAUUGAUUUUAGUUCUUGUAUAAUUUCUUCAUAUUUAUUAACGUACACGUUAAUUUUUAGUAGGACGAACAAGCGAACAUUUCCGCGGUUUUCUUCAAGUCGCAAGUAUGAGCAAAGCCCCACUAUGUUAGUGUUUUAUACUUGUGUUUGUGAAGACGAACUCACGAACUGCUGAAAUCCGACCCCCACCCACCCCCACCUUGGUGUUUUGUACGAGGAAAAAUGGGGCUGACUGACCCUGAAGCGCCUCCGCUCAUGCACACCCCGGGCGACUUUACAACUGUGGCAACACCAUCGCCUGCUAGGCUCGCUCGGGAUUUUUCUUUUUUUUUUAACUAUAGCUGUCGUUAUGAUCAGGUUCGUGCAAGCGGUCAAUGCAAGAUGUCAGGUCCCUUAGCUCUAUAUAUAUCUGGUGCACAAUUAUUAAACCCCUUGUUGAAAACUCUG